UUACAGACAUCUCCCGCCAAAAUCAUCCCGUCUCCAUUUCUUAGCAGCUAUAUCGCCUUCACUUAAGUUUCUGCAAAAUCACAUUUUUUCUCCCUUUCUGCUUUCCAUCUUCAACAAUGGCGUCCGAUUCUUCUCCCCCAAAUACCCGCAAUGGUGGACCUUCAUCUCCCGACGAUUCAAUGUCUAGUCCGAUUGGAAAUACGUUCUCAUCUCCCGGAAACCCUACUCGCGGGAGAAGAACUCGUCGUUCAUCAACAUACGCGACUCCAUCUCCGUCUCAAACUCGAUUCCGCGCUCAAGAUCAGACUACUCCAACAGCAUCCGCAUCUCGUGGAAGACGAGGUAGAAGACGAGAUCCAGAAAUUUCUACACCUGUUGCUGCUACACCUUCGUUCACAGAUGAUAUUCCUCCGUCAUCGGAAGGUGGAGAAGGCGACCAAGCUGAAGAAUCACCGCCAAUGUUUGUAUGGGGGACGAAUAUUAGCGUGCAGGAUGUUAAUUCCGCUAUUGUACGAUUUCUUAGGCAUUUCCGUGAAAAUACAUCGGUAACAGACGGGAAGUACAUGAGGGCUAUUCAUGAAGUGAUUGAAAUUCAAGGUGAUUCACUUGAAGUUGAUGCACAUGAUGUAUUUGACUAUGAUUCUGACUUGUAUACGAAGAUGGUCCGAUAUCCGCUUGAAGUUCUUGCCAUCUUUGAUAUUGUAUUGAUGGAUAUUGUAAGUAGAAUCAGCCCUAUGUUUGAAAAGCACAUUCAAGCUAGGAUAUUCAACCUUAAAAGUUCAACAUCCAUGAGAAAUCUCAACCCUUCUGAUAUUGAGAAGAUGGUUUCCCUCAAAGGAAUGGUAAUUCGGUGCAGUUCGAUCAUACCUGAAAUCAGAGAAGCAUUGUUUAGAUGCCUUGUAUGUGGAUUCUUCUCUGACCCUAUUGUUGUAGAUCGAGGCCGUAUUAAUGAGCCUACAAUAUGUGGGAAACAAGAAUGUCUUGCCAAGAACUCUAUGGCCCUAGUUCAUAAUCGCUGCAGAUUUGCAGAUAAGCAAAUAAUGAGGUUGCAGGAGACACCAGAUGAGAUUCCUGAUGGAGGGACGCCACAUACAGUGAGCUUGUUGAUGCAUGAUAAACUGGUUGAUACUGGCAAACCUGGUGAUAGGAUAGAGGUUACUGGGAUUUAUAGAGCCAUGAGUGUACGACUUGGGCCAAUUCAUAGAACAGUGAAAUCUCUCUUCAAGACUUACAUAGAUUGUCUUCAUAUAAAGAAGACUGACAACUCAAGAAUGCAUACGGAUGAUCCAAUGGAUGUUGACAAAAUGUCAAGUGGAAAGGGAAAUGAAACUAUUUCUGAAGAGGAGUCAACACCUUCAAGUACUUUCUUGUCUGCUUCAAAGAUUGAACAGCUUAAAGAACUUUCAAAGCUGCCGGAUAUAUAUGAAAGACUGACUAGGUCUUUGGCACCAAACAUUUGGGAGUUGGAAGAUGUAAAGAAGGGUCUUCUUUGCCAGCUUUUUGGUGGAAAUGCGCUGACGCUAAAUUCUGGUGCUAGCUUCCGUGGUGACAUUAAUGUUCUUCUUGUUGGUGAUCCUGGUACUAGUAAAUCGCAGCUUCUUCAAUACAUACACAAACUAUCUCCUCGUGGCAUCUACACAAGUGGGAGAGGAAGUUCUGCUGUUGGAUUGACUGCUUAUGUAGCCAAAGAUCCUGAAACUGGAGAAACAGUUUUGGAGAGUGGAGCUUUGGUUCUGAGUGACAAAGGAAUUUGUUGUAUUGAUGAAUUUGAUAAAAUGUCUGAAAAUGCAAGGAGUAUGUUGCAUGAGGUGAUGGAGCAGCAAACUGUUUCUAUAGCAAAAGCUGGUAUAAUUGCAUCUUUGAAUGCCAGAACUUCAGUAUUGGCUUGUGCAAACCCUAGUGGAUCUCGUUAUAAUCCUCGUUUAUCAGUUAUAGACAACAUUCACCUGCCUCCCACACUCUUGACCAGGUUCGAUUUAAUCUACUUAAUUCUGGACAAGGCCGAUGAGCAGACAGACAGGCGUCUUGCAAAACACAUUGUUGCCUUGCACUUUGAAGAUACAGAGACAGCACAAAGUGAUGUAUUGGACAUCUCAACAUUGACUGCUUAUGUGAGCUAUGCUAGAAACAACAUUCAUCCAGAGCUGUCUGAUGAAGCUGCAGAAGAAUUGACAAGAGGUUAUGUAGAGAUGAGAAGAAGAGGAAACUUCCCUGGCAGUAGUAAAAAGGUGAUAACUGCGACACCCAGGCAACUUGAGAGUCUAAUAAGGUUAAGUGAAGCCCUUGCAAGAAUCCGUUUCUCAGAAAAGGUUGAGAAAAAUGAUGUAUUAGAGGCUUUUAGGCUUUUGGAUGUAGCACUUCAACAAUCUGCAACAGAUCACUCCACUGGAACAAUUGAUAUGGACCUGAUCACAACUGGGAUAUCAGCAAGUGAAAGGAUGAAAAGGGAAAAUGUAUUAUUGGCAACUCGAAAUUUGAUAAUGGACAAGUUGCAGAUUGGGGGAAACACGGCUCGUUUGUCGGAGUUACUUGAAGAAUUGAAGAAUCAGAAUUCUGGUACUGAAUACCAUAUUGGAGAUAUUCGGAACGCAAUUGCUACGUUGGCAACCGAGGGAUUAGUCGUUGCGCGAGGCGAUACAGUAAAAAGGAUAUGAUGAAAACUUGUUAGGUCAUAAUUUUAGUAUUGUUGAAGAUUUCAUAAUUUUGUUUAUGAAACUGGUUUGUCCUAAGAAUUUAGAAGACUUAUGUAAUCAUUUACUUGUGUUGAAGAUUUAAAGCUUGUUAGAUUUGGAAUUGUUUGGUUUAUUUUGUUGAAAAAAAGUAAAAUAUUCUUGUUCAA